UUCAGCGGAACUAUGCAACAACAACAAAAAAAUAACCCCGUGCCUUUGUUUUUUGUUGUUAACGGUUUAAGGCACAGCUCCUGACGAAUAACUUUGAUCAGCUUACUCAUGACAUUGCAGUUUAAACCAAUCUCACGCUUGUCUUUUGAAAGCAAACAGCACUGAGCAGCUGAACUCGGAAACGUUUUUUUCUGACCAUGGAGAAAGCAUGGAAGGUGGAGUUUCAGAACGUGGGAACCAGCUACUUCCCACAGAGCAGAGUGGAAUGCCACUACAGCAUCAGUUCUCAGCACAGCUGGGCUAGCAGUGACUGGAUCGGCCUGUUUAAGGUUGGUUGGUCAUCUGUGAGGAACUACCAUACAUUUGUGUGGGCUCUGGCUCCAACCAACUACAAGGAAGGGACUGAUGUUAACUGCUGUGUCCACUUCCAAGCUUGCUAUUUGCCAGGCCCCAGUGCUGAGCAAUACCAGUUUGUGUAUGUGGAUGGGAAGGGCGAAGUGUGCUCCCGCAGCUCUGCUUUCACUUUCUCUGCUCCAAAGCCACUGGAGGAGCUGAUGACUCUGGAGCAAGCCCUGGAGGGAGGUGAAGGCAGCGAGGACAUGCUAGUUGUCGUUCCCAAAGCCGAGCUUCUGCAGAGCCGGCUGCAGGAGUGUCUGAAAGAGAGGGCUGAGUUAUUACAGUCUCUAGAAGCAGCAGAAAGGAGCUGCAAACAUGAGCGAGAGUGCUCACUUAGGACCAGAGAGGUGUGGGAGCAGAGGAGCAAGGAGCUGGAGGAGGAGCUCAGACACACCAGAGAACAAAUGGAGGACAUGAAGAAGAGGCAGGAGGAGUUGGCAGCUCUCAGUAAGGUUCUACAGGAGGAGAAACAGGCUCUGUUAGUAAAAGAAGCAGCCAGUGAGCAGAAGAUCAGCCAGCUAGAGGACGACAUCAGGGUGCUCACCCAAAAAGCCCUGGAGAGGGAGACGGAUCUAGAGAGGAUGAAAGAGCGAGCCAAAAAAGCUGCAGCCCAAAAGAAAGAAAUAGAAAGUGAACAGACGAAUCUAAAGCUGAAGCUGGAACAGACUGAGAAAGAGCUGCAUAGCCUCUCGACGGAGUUCCAGAGUUUGAGAAGUUCUCUGGCCCAGAGAGACACGCACGCCCUGCAGCUCCGAGACACCAUCACAACACUCACGCACAAACUCAACAACGCACACAGGAAGGAGGCAGCCAACGAAGCGGCUUUAGCCGAGUUACGUGGCGUUCAGGAGCGACUGAGUGGCAGUGAACGCUGUGUUGAGACUCUGCGGACUGAUAUCAGAGACAUGGCAGCUCAGAGGGACAACGUCCAGGCUGACCUUCACCAGGCCAGACUACAGGCUGCACAGCUCACCCUGCAGCUUGCAGAUGCCAACCUGGCACUGCGGGAGGCUCGUGCCAGCUGGGUGCAGGAGAGAGAGAGUCUGCAGUGUAGCACUGAGAUGAUCAGGACGCAUUUGGACAGGCUGAAUGACGAGAUCAAGCAGAAGGAAGAGCAGCUGCAGGAGGAGAGGAUGGAAAGAAAUAAAGCGGAGGUGGAGCUUGGGCGAGAGAAAGACUGCAACCGGGUGCAGCUGAGUGAAACACGAAGGGAGCUGCAGGAACUGAAAGCCAGUCUCAGGGUGGCUCAGAAGGAAAAAGAGCAACUGCAGGCUGAGAAAAAGGAGGUGAUUGAGUACAUCCAUCAGCUGGAGCAGAGGCUAGAGACCCUGAGUGGCUCUAAAUGGAGCAUGACAGCAUUGUUGCAGAGCAGUCAAGCAGACAGCUCCCUGUCAGAGUCAGAGGAUGAGAAUCCAGAAGCACUAAGGCCUCUGAGCCACUACAGCCUGUGUGAGCAACACCAGGCUGACCCUGACCUCCUGCUCAUUCUGCCCACUACUCCUCCUCCGUCUCCGCGACUCCUCCACUCGUCUCAGGCCGUGGUGAUCAGUCAGCCCGCUCCACUCUGCUCCCCACACCAGCCUAGUGAUGACACACACCCACACGUGCACAGUUCCGAGUCGGAAGAGGAGUAUGAAUUGUUUCAAUCAGGUGGGAAUAGCUCUGGAGAAGAGCUGGCUCUCCUCCUGCCUAACCACAGAAACACUAUUCUCAGUGAGGUGGAAGAGAGCCCCCUGUGGUGAGGAGUGGAACUACGAGAGCAGCCUGUUACAGGUCUUUGCACAGUAACACGUACUGACAUAUGCAAUUUGCUUUACAUUUUUUAAUGCACUUUCUGUAUGCACAAGCUACUAGACUACUCAGUGUUUCACACAUUCACCUGUUCAAAUACUUAACACUAUGGAUGCUUCAAUACAGAUACUGUUAUCUGUAUCUCUUUUACUUGUACUCAUAAGAAAUGCUCCAGUGGCAGCAUCCGUUACAGCGUGAUCGUAUGAGAGAUAAGCCUGGUAUACAUUGCCACUUUAAUUAAACCGAUGACAUGAAACAAGAACAAUAUGGAGUUGGGAUCUGUGUUCUGUGAAAAUAUCAAAAGGAGGAAUACCUGUAUGGUGAUUAAAUAGUAUCUUUAAUAGUGUACAGGGGUGGCCAACUGAUCGUCCAGAACAGUAUCAGCAACAGUGAAGAAUUGGUGAGUGUGGAGCAGUGACCCAGGCAUGCAAAGAAACUUGUUGCAAUGCUGAAGGCGCAUAGUUGACUUUACAGUCAUCCGCCAUGUUUUCAGGUUGAAUUCAGCAAAGCAAACCAUCACAAAACUCCUCCUCCCUUGCACACAGAGUUGUGGGCAAUAUAAAAAAAAUAAAUAAAUGAAAGUGUCCACGGAUCCACACUUCGAAAAUCUACCAGAAAUCGGAGACCAGUAUAAUAGUAGGUAUCUGUGGGUGUUUGUGAGUGAAAUUUAUAUCACUGUAUAGUACUAUAUAUUUGAUAGUUUUAUAGGCUUAAAUUAAAUGAAUUCAAUUAAAUAAAAACCUCAAUAUAAAAAAAUUAAAUGAGGCUUUAUGUUAGCACUUCUGUCACUGAAACAACUCAAUACAGCCUUGUUGUGUCAUGUGGUUGCAGUGAGAAACAGGCUGAGGGCACUGUGAGAUACGGUAUUGUGAUUGACCCGCAGAGGAGAGGAGAAGAAGUGAAGCACACACGUUUCUCUGAGGAAUUCUUUAUUUCUUUUACAAGUGUAGUAUAUCACAAUCCAAUAAAACUUGGAAAGAAACACCAGUAGGACGGUAACCUAAAUAAUAUGUUAAAAAGCUAAAUAUUAAAUAAAAUAAAAAACGCGGUCGGGUGUCAUGCCUGGAGAUGGAUCCUGAGAUUUGUAGUCUAGUGUUUGCCUGUUUAAAUCUUAUUUAUUUCCCACAAAGCCGACAUAUGGCUUCAUCCAAUUUUAUUGGUUCAGCUCGUUCGUUGGACACAAAUCCAAAAUUUUCCCAAAUCGCUGCUGUUUGGUUUCCCAACCAGCUCUAUCACAGCAGCAGAACCCAUAGAGAAAUAGCAGCAUUUUCCUGACUGGAUUUUGCCGCAUUCAAACAAACCCGCACCAAACUAACAGACACCACCAUAUAAGUUUUGAUUAUGGUUAUGUAAUUUCUGUAUUAAUAUAAAAUCUCCCACUAUGUGGUAGGCUAUAAAUACAAAUUAAUAUAGCAACUGUUAUUAUUAUUAUUAUUAUUAUUAUUAUUAUUAUUAUUAUUAUUACACUGGUAUACAAAACAUACUUUUUACUUAUCAUAGCGCCCACUCAAGCAGAAACAUUAACAUGGCGUGUGAUGCGACACCACCACGGUGGCAAACUACCACCGAAUUGGUGCGUUUGUCAUGGCCACCGUCACAGAAACGCUCACUGAUAAUGCUCUGCACACUCAUUUCAGCCACCCUCAUGCUCUCUAUUAAUCUAUUAACUGUUUGAACACGAUAUCUUAAACUUGAAACUCAGCACGAGUUGUUCAUUGCUAGCAGCAAUCAGUAUAAACAGAGCUAAAUAAAAUCUUCUGUAAUGCCCCUGAUUGAUGAGUAUGUUACUCGCUUCCAUAUCAGUAUCAACAUAUAUCAAACAACAUGUACUCAUACUCAGUCUGAAAAAAUAUGUAUAAUGAUAUUGAUGCAUCCUUGCUUAGCACAUAUCAAAAGGAAGUUGUAUAAUACAAAAUGGAUUGGUAUGUUACAAAGAAGGUGUGUCUUUGUGUAUUUUCGGUGUGUAAGGCUAGUUUUGAAAUAUGAUGAAUAGCUUUUUACUCCAAAAAGGCUAUAAUUAAGCUUAUAUCAGUUUUUCUUUUUAUAAGAGAUAGGACUUGCAAUAUUACAAUAAUGUAGUAUGUAAAACAAAUUUGAAUCCAUGUUUGAGAAGAUAGGAUUUUGUUUGAACUUUAAUGCUAUUAUGUCAAAUAUUUCUGAAAUGUUGGUAAAAAAAAAAUAAAUUAAUGAUAAUAAUUUUAAAAAAAGGUUAACAGCAGCCCAUUGAGGAUAUUAUGAAUUAUGGGUCAGAAAGGAAAUGACAUGUGAAUGUGUAAUAAAGAAAGAGACUGAAUUGAUGGCAAUUGGCAAUGGAGUUAAACAGGAAAUGACCAUGGAAGUGUUUUUACAGGCUUGAGCAGUCCUGAUUGCAAUAAUCCUAACAAUAAUAGUUAUAAUUAACUUACUUUCAUUAAUGCGAAUACUUUAUGAUCUGUUUCUGCAACAAAUUAUAAUAUCAAAGUUUUCUACCAUUUAAAGUUUUGUUUUGCUUAUUUAACCAGGUGAUGUUUUGUCUUUUCUUAAAGGCAUGGGUUCUCAAAUUUUUGCAGCCAUUGACCUGUUUAAUGUAAAAAAUAAAUAAAUAAAAAUAAAAUAAUAAUAAUAACCCCUCCCCAAAAAAACACUCAGUACCGAUUUGUUUUAUGAACAUAAUCCAACUGUUCAAAUAUUAAGCUCUUUGCUUAAUUAUGUGCAAUAAUAAUCUUGCUGUUUAUUAAAAGCCAUAGAGUUUUUUAUUCCUGGACUUCCUACCAACAGAACACAUUAGGCCCAAGGAGGCAUUGUUUAAAGGCCUAUUUGUUUUUGAGUUAUUAUUUUGAGGUUUGGAUUGAACCAGUGAAAUGCAAGUGACCAGUCAAGUAGACUAGUAAGUAUAACAAGCAUUAAUAUAACAGUUUUGAUAAUGGUGAGGUUUUCCACUAUUGUAACAGGGGGGAAAAAAAAAAAAAAGGUUGUCCUUGGCUAUAUACCCCAAUUUGAGAGCCACUGCUUUAAGGUUUGAAUCAUUUUUAUCUAUAAAUUUUUAUACAGGAUGAUACAGAUUCAGUCCGUGUACUGUAAGAUGUUCGGUUCUAUCCUGUACUGUUCUACUGUUUUUCCUGUUGCAUUGAAACUGUGCUAGUGGAAUCAUUUGUAGCCUGUUUAAUGUUUAAUAUACAACACAGGUUUGUACAUAAGCUCAUUGAUGUGGGUGGUGUCGUAUUGUCACUACAUAAAUUUAACCAAGGCAUCAGUGAACUUUUUGAAAUUGUAUGAAAUGGUCAGCGUGAUGACUAACAAGGCUCAACGUUUUAAUUGUACUAGAUACUUUUCACCUCUUGGUGGUUUGUAGCUUUUACUGUUGUAAACUAAUUAGCAUCCAUCUGCUGUGCCAUGCCGGUUUGUGUUUAAAGUACUACGAGAUCCUCACUGUUUCCAGCCCUGUAAAAAUCCUGAGCUUUAAUUCUAUAUAGACUUGUAUCCAGAUCCGUUCGGAAGAACUCUUUCAGUUUGUAUUCAUAGCAAUAAGCCAUCUUUUCUGUUUUCUUUGCUUUUUCUUUAUUAUUUUUUUAUAUAUUCACUUAUCCAAUAUGUAUUUUCCAGACUGUGCUGUACUGUAUGGGUUUGGGUGGGUUUCAACAAUAAAGUAUUGAUAAUCUUUAAAAAAAAAAAAAAAAUCGACCUGAUUUUUUUCUUUCAUUUUAUUUUUUUUACACAUUUUUUGGUUUUGAGGUCAUGGGGAGAGAGAGCAGUACAGGUAGAGACAUCAGUUUAGUACACGUUCAAGUAUAAGCUUUCGAUUAUAUUUCUGGACAUAAACAUACUGUACAUGCACAUACAGUAGGACCUGACUUUUUUAACAUUAUAAUAGUAAACACAAUACAGGGUUCCCCAAAAGACUCCAUACGAAGGGGAAAUUAACAUUGGCUUCCAAAAUUGUUCAUACUUUAACAGGAAACAUGUUGUGGUCCAACCGAGAACAUCCACUGACGAAGGCGCACCCGGCGUGGUGCUGGUAUACGUAGUCCCCCAUGUAUGGAGACUUUUGAGACACCCUGUAGAUGUGUCAAUAUGCUGUUAAUUAACUUCCUGUUUGGUUCCACCAAUGCUAGAGUAUGCAUGACCUGCAUAAGUGCACUUAUAAUAUGUCCUAAACAGUGUAAUUCCAGUGCACCACGCGCUACUGAUUUAUCCUAGGAGCAAAAUAAUCUUUUCCCUUUUAAUCGCUGACCUUCAUCCCUCUUUUUCUCACUGCCUUUUUUUAGCGCCUCUCUUAUUCUUUCUUCUUCUGUAUUCUCUGUGUUCUCCUUGUGCAGGGGGUCUAAUUAUAAAAUCAAUGGAGCCGGGCUGCCUGCUUUAUGGCCUCCUCUAAAACCUUAACAGGGAAAUCACUGUAGGAUUGAUGACUCCCUCACUCUUUAUCUCUUUUAAUUAGAAAUGUAAAAGACAUGAAGAGCCAGAGGCCAGAGUAGUGCACCCAGGUUUUUACGACUUUUCACCCCUCCCUUCCUUUCCACUGGGGUCUGAUCUGUCUUGUCUUCCUCCAAAGGCCCAUGUACUCCUCCAGUGCCAUAUUUGAUAUGCCUCCAUUUUGUGUAUGCCUUGGCGUUUUUUCCACACCUCAGUCUCUCGAUGCUUUCUGCCUUCACCUGUUUAUUCAUGUCUCACAUGGUAUGUAAAUGCUAAUGUGAAGUGAUUUAGACUCCUUCGACUGCUAUCAUUCAUUCAUACAUAAUUGAUUAUUUUUUCUUUUCAGGUCUGUGAAUUUAAUCCUGCAUUCCUAAUGCUUCUUCCCACUUUUCCUGGGUAGAUUGCUACAAAGUAGUCAAUGUUGCAAUAAAUUAUCCUUCUGUGGCUCUACAGAGCACUUGAACACCUCUUGUGCCUGCUCAGAAAGCUACAGAAUAUUUAUGGGGGGAAAAAUUAACCUAGUCUUAUCUUCAAUGUUCAAGGCACAAGAGCAUCCCAAUUAUUUUUAUAGCUCUCAUUAGCAAAGAUUAGACUGUUAGCACCAGUGAGCCUGCCAUGGACCUCCACAUUUUGUUCUGUAGUUUAUAAAAAAUAAAAAAAUAAAAAAAAAAGACUUCCAUUCACUGGCCAUUUGAACAGGAAUACAUCGCCUGGUCUUUUACCAGCCUUGACCUGACCAGUUUUGGUAAACUUGAUUCCUGUUCUUGGCUGACAGGAAUGGAAUCUGAAGUGGUUUUCACUGUUGUAGCCCAUUUGCUUCAAGGUCUGAAGUCUUGUGCAUUCUGAGAUGCUGUUCUACUCACUAUGGUUGUGAAAAGUGGUUAUUUGGGUUAUCGUAGCCUUCCUGAGCUCGAACCAGUCUGGCCAUUCUCCUCUGACCUCUGUCAUCAACAAGCCAUUUCCACCAACAGAAUGUGUUUUGGAGUUUGUUUUAUCCAAAACAUUCUGUGUAUAUUCUCGAAAUUCCAGGAAAUCAGCAGUUUUUGAAAUAAUCACACCAGACUGUCUAACAGCAUAAACCAUGCCAUGGUGAGGUGACAUUUUCUUUCCACAUUCUGAUCUUUGAUGUGAACAUUAACUGAAGCUCUUGACCUGUAUCUGCAUGGUUAUAUGCAUAGCACUGCUGCCACAUGAUUGGCUGAUUGGAUAAUUGCAUGAAACACAUAAUAGAGUGGCUAUAUCUGUGUCAUUCAUAACUAAAUGUUGGAUCCCUAAACAUAGCAUUGUUGCUUGUGUUUGAGUUCAGUAGCUUUAUUAUGUUACAGAUGGCAAUAAAGAGGGGUCGAGACCACACUAAUCACAUUUAAAGACGAUGUUGCAUUUGCAGAAUAUCAGUUUCAUGAAUGAAUGGCUACAUAGACGUAGUUCAUGGUUAUAAUACCAUGGAAUGUUGAUUUAACUCACGAUUAUUUAGAUAUGAUCAUUAACUCUGUAUAAAUUGCAUAGAAGUUGCAGACCUCACAAAGACUAUGCUCUGCAAGACUUAAAAACGUACACUGUCUUUUUAAAUUCAGCAAAGAUCCCGCGCCCUUCCCGUGUUCCCAUAGCAACAUCUUAUUGGGUUGAAUAUAUGAGGCCAUUUAGAGCCUCCUUGUAAAAGAGCGUAUAAUGUAUGGACCUUGUUUUAAUUUGAGCCCUGGUUUAUUGAUUUCUGUUUAAUGAAGUUUCAUUAUAGCAAUCAUUUAAUUAAUAGUGCCAUAUCCCUGUUUAUCACCGGCUUUAAUCUCUGAAUAAAAAUAACUGUAUAUUCUUGGUGUCACCAGGAGUCUUAUGCACAGACUUACAGCAAACUGUGUGUUCAUACUGGAUGAAAAGAGAAAAGGGUUGAAUCAGACUGGAGUCACGGGGAUAAGUGUGUACACUAAUGAGUCUAGCACAUUCACAGCAUUGCACCUUAUGUCUUAGCUUCUUUUAGGAACUAUAUGAAAGUCUCUAUAAAUGGGUCUUGCCUUUGAUAGAUAAGCCUGCCUUCAUAGCCACAACUUUUGUUUCCAUAGCCUCCAGACAAGUAUGAAUAAAAAAUCAAGUCAUGCAGCCAUAUGGUUGUAAUAAAAAAUAAAUAAAUAAAAUAUUUAAGAAUAUACAAAGUCAUAGCCUAUAUUUUGGUCUUUUCACUGAGGCACUUUUAUGCAAAAUGGAAAUGAUUAUGCAUCUGUAUGAGCCUGG